CUCGGGAGAUACGAGAAAAUGUUAACGAAGGAUUAUAAUAAAUUCGAAUUUUGUUGGAAAGGCGAAAGUCGGAAUUAAUAAAUUAUUAAUCGAAUCAACCACCAAUCGUUGUCGGGAAUAACAGGAAACCGAUACGCGUAACCCCGAUCUAUUUCUGGUUAGGGUGGAGUGUGGUAAUUUAGUUUUUAUAACGCCAGGGGGGAUGAUUAUCGAAUUUUGAAAUUUUGAAUUUUGAAAAAUUCGACACGUGGUUUUCUUGCUCGUGUAAUGGACAUAAAAUAAAAAGAACAAAAACAAAGUACACGUGGAAUCGUGAAAAUUUUCAAAUAUUUCCGUGACUCGUUUCGUUUACGUUCGCCACUUAUGGAUGAUAGCAAUAUAUGAACUGUUAUCGGCUUUUCGAAAACAUUAUGGAACAACAGAAUUCAAGAGAAGAAUCCUGGAGUAGAGAAGAAGCUUGUAUAGAAUUGACAAAUCACUUAAUUAUCUUGUGCAACUUAACAUUUCCACGAAUUAGCAGCCUUUCCGAUAUCAAAAGUCAACUGCUCGUGCUUCUGUUCGAAAAGAUCACAGGAGUGGUUCUCCAUGAUUUAAUAAAGGAACCAAAAACUAUUGAAGAUGAAGCCCACAACAUCCAAAUGAUCAUUGACACUCUCUCCUUAGACAUUUUAAACAUAUCUCUUUCACACAUCAUUGGCGAAGAUAUUGUGAAGCAAAACGUAAUUUCCAUUUAUAAUUUAUUAGAGGUUAUGGAAAAUUAUCUUUUGUAUUCUGUACAGAACACUCUAAGAUCUGAAGAAAAUGUUGAAGCAGAGAGAGAUGAGCAGAUGUUACGUGAUGAUCAGCCAGUUCCUUUGAAUACAUCAAUAUGGACACAAACUGAUCCUGUUUCUGAAGAAAUAACAUCUCAGUCCGAAUUAGAAGAGUGCAUUUCUAAUAAAGUAGAUCGGCAUUCCGAGAAUAAAUGUCCUCUCUGCACUUAUACAUCCAAGGAUAUUGAAAUUUUGCAGGAUGAAAACAGAGAAAAUAUAGUAGACAGUACAAAUAUUUUGAAUGAUAUUAGUAAUCAGUCAUUUUAUAAAACACUACCAGGAAGACUUGAUUCUAUUCCACCAAUAAAUUACCCUUACAUUAAAUCCUCGUCUAACAGUUCCACUUCUGUCUUGCCAGAACGGGACACAUCAGAGAGCUCUUCUGUACCACCCUUAAUUCCAGAGAAUUUUUCUGGAAUUCGUUACCUGAAUCCAGAAUUUGCAAAAGUAGGAGUACAGUCUGAUGAUGGAAAGUUAUCAGCUGAUUCUGUAGAUAAAACCUCAAAAACAGAAAUGUUUCCUAGUGAAAGUAGUUCAGAUUUGGUUGAUAUCAGUCAGAUUAACUCAAAAAUGCAUCGUAAAAUUGCACCAAUGAAGAAAAGACAUCAAGAACCAAGUGAUAGGUUAGAAAACUUUUCAAAAAAAAAGAAUGUUCGGUUUUUUGCUAGUGAUGCUGCUAAGAAUUUCAGCAAGAGAAAUCUACAAAUCUAUGAAGGGAAAGUUAAAGAAGACUUAGAAAAUUUUCAGGCUGUGUCCCAAUCGUCUCAGUUUGUGAAUAAUGUGUACAAAGGUAUAUUCAAUGCAUCGAAUCAAGAGCUGACACCAGUUCACAAGAGAUAUAUUUGUAGAAUAAAGAAAAAGCAUCCUUUGACAUCCAGAAAAACUAGUAAGGUAGAAGAUGAUAAUAGUCAUGACAAUGUGAUAGAAACCCAAGAAAGUACUCAUGAUGAUAAUGAAUUUCUUCGAUAUCUUCGGGAUGAAUUGCCAGGCAUCCAUUUAUCAUCAGCAACUAAAAGACGCAUGGAAAGUCAGUAUCGCCAACAUCUAUACCAUGUUGGAAGUCAACUUAAAGAUCAUAAUUUAAAAAAAUCGAAAACUGAGAAACAGUACGCAGAAGUGGAGAUACAAAAACAGUUAGUAUCAAAAAUAUUUCAGAAAGAAAGAGAACACAAUCAAAGGAUGAAAAGGUUAAAGGAAGAAAAACAAUUACAACAAAGAGUAAAGAGUACAUUACGUGACAAUCAAAUUAGCAGGAUCCGAAUGAAACGUAGUUAUAAUGAGCAGCAGCAGUUUAUAAAGAGCAAGAUGAACAGGAAGAAGACGAAAGAAGAAAAUUUAAUGAGAGAAUUAUACGAAGAAGGUUUAGCAAUACAGAAGGAAGAAUUAAGAGAACUGCGUAAACUUGCAAAAGAAAGAGAAGAGAAGGAAGCUCAAAAUCAUAAAAUGUAUAUGGAAUCUAUGGAAAAUUUUUAUAAAAAUCAACUCGAAAUGCUUACUGAAACCAUCACUGCAGAGAAAAAUCUAUUGGAACAAAGAGCAAAAGCUCAGUCUAGAGUGUUGGAACAAAUACGUCGAGACUAUCGCAGUAAAAUGGAACGUCAGUUGAAGGAUUCCAGAAAUAAAUUGCUUUCUAAUGGAGACUUUCAUUUCCGAGAGGCAGAUGCAGAAAGAAUUAGAAAUUUGUGGAAGAAGAAAGGGACUACAAAAGUACUUUCUAAUCAAAUACUUAGGAAGAGAAAAAACUGAAAUGUAGUUUGUAUAGAACUUUUUGUAAAUACAGCUUGUAAUUAAUCUGAAUAUUAUAAAACUAUGAAUUAAAUGUUCUUGUAAUAAAUGUCGACAUUAAUUAUUA